CAUAGACUUUUGGUACAAGCUGACAAGCUACAACUGUCGUGGUUGCUGUUCAUGUCAAGAUCAAGAUUAACACUUGCAUUCAAUCGUGUAGUAGUUGAAGACAUUGUGAUUGUGGGAGCGGGAAUAUCAGGCCUCACAACAUCCUUGGGACUACACAGGUUGGGAAUUCGGAGCUUAGUCUUGGAAUCUUGGGAUAGUUUGAGAAACACAGGAUUUGCCUUAACGCUAUGGACCAACGCUUGGAAAGCUUUGGAUGCUCUUGCCAUUGCUGACUCCCUCCGCCAACAACAUUUCCUCAUUCAAGGAACAGUUGUUGUGUCCACAAUUUCAGGACUUGCUACUUCGGAGACAUCAUUUCAGGCAAAAGGAAACCAUGAAGUUCGAUGUGUAAAAAGGAAGUUGUUGUUGGAAGCCCUUGCAAAAGAGCUCCCAAAUGGCACCAUUAGGCUCUCCUCCAAGGUUGUCUGCAUUGAGCAAUCAGGCUUCUUUAAGCUGGUGCAUCUUGCUGAUGGAACCAUAUUCAAAGCAAAGGUGUUGAUUGGUUGUGAUGGAGUGAACUCGGUGGUGGCAAAGUGGUUGGCCUUCAAGAAGCCCAUUUUUACAGGACGAUCUGCCAUUAGAGGCUGUACAGAGUUCAAAGACAGCCAUGGGUAUGGGCCCAAAUCUAUGCAGUUCUUUGGGAGUGGUGUCCGGUUUGGUUGCCGCCCUUGUGAUGAUGAGACUUUAUACUGGUAUAUCACUUGGGCUCCCUCCUCCUUAGACAAAGAGCUACAAGACAAUCCAGCGAAGAUGAAGCAGUUUGUGUUAAGCAAACUUGAAAAGCUACCUGUCCAAAUGAGGGCUGUCAUAGAAAGCACUGAACCAGAUGGGUUUACCUCAUCUAGGUUAGCAUAUAGACAUCCAUGGGAGUUAUUAUGGGGAAAUAUUACCAAAGGCAAUGUUUGUGUAGCCGGCGACGCGUUCCACCCCAUGACGCCGGACAUCGGCCAAGGCGGGGGAGCAGCUUUGGAAGAUGGAGUUGCUUUAGCUAGAUGUCUUGCUGAAGCCCUACUGAAAGGGCCAGGUGAAGAAGACAAGGAGCAACAUCAGAGGAUAGAGAUGGGGUUGAAGAAGUAUGCCCAAGAGAGAAGGUGGAGACCAAUUGAACUCAUCACUACAUCUUAUUUUGCUGGUUUUAUACAACAAAGUGAUGGGAAGAUUAUGAACUUCUUGAAAGAGAAGUUUCUGGCUGCAUACCUGCGAGGAUUGCUGUUGAAGAGGGCUGAUUUUGAUUGUGGAAAGCUCAGCAUUUGUUGAGGAUGUUAUGACAAUAAAACUACUCCAAUAAUUAUGUGUAAAAAGCUUAAGGAUGCUAGCUAGGAUCAAGUCAAAGAGGUAUAAUUUACCUAAAAACUAAAACCAAGAGUUAUUGAAUUCAGUUGUAAAGGUUAAAUAAUUUCCUGAUCAUUUCAAGAAUUUAUUUAUAGAGGGGAAGCAUGCAUGCUUGAAUAGUGUCGUUUUUGGGUAAAACGGCAUAGAAAAAGCCUUUUGGGACAAUUUGAAAAUUUGGAAAGUGUUUUGUUUUGUGUUU